ACGAAGCAGCCAGCAGGUAACAAGCUUGCAGCUCAUUCUACAAUGUUGCGAGCAGGACUGGGAGAUUCGUAACUUGCCUUGCGUCGCGCGACUGGAUCGAUCGGGUCGGAGUCGAGGUCUCCAAGUUGAGCGAAGAGGAUCGAUCCACCCUCGUGUGGAAGUGUCAUUGAACUUGCAAAAAGAUACUGACUUUGCUAAAGGAGUGUUCGGCAUGCAAUAGUCAACCUCGUUGCCCAUUCACACGCGAUGGAAAGCUGGCGAUUUACGCUACACGAUGAGUUACCGCUUGCUUUCAUGAUAAUGGUUCUGUCUGUCCUACGGAGACUUCCAGAGGUCGGCCAGACAUCCCCUACUUUGGCGCUGAGGUGUAGCGGAAUCUGGCAUUUCUAAAUUCGGCCCAAGGGCUGCAACUGGGCGGGGAAGUGGUGCGCGAGUUUGCGGACAAUGGUUGAUGUGCUGCGCGUUUUGGCGCCUAGACUUUGUAGCGAGUUGGGGGGUUGGUUAUCCUCGUGGGUGGCCUAGCCGUUUGUCCAGCCCAUCGUUCGUGCUCGAGAAUUAUGGCCUGGUUGUCUACGCUGCGGGGAGGGGAUUGUAUUGGUGAUUCGCUUGCGUAGCUGGAAUUUGUGGGUUGAUUCAGGUGAGCAGGUAGGGGUUGAUCGAAGCGAGAUCGGGUCCGGGCAGAAGAAGGAGGCUAAAUAUGAGAGCGUUGACGUGAGAAUUCGUCGCGGGCCUUUCGAGUGCGCGAGGUGGUGGAUGGUGAAGAUGGGAUGGUGCAGGAAGAAGCCCAAGGGUAGGGAUUCCAUAUUUAGACGUAGAUUUGGAGGGUGAAUCAGUGGAAUGGAUGGGCAAUCUAGGCGGUGGUGAAGUGGAGCAAAACUCGGCAACCCGUUCAGUUGCUGGAUUAUUGCAGGUUGUAGGUUGCAUGCGAUGGCGAAUUGGUUCACCGCAGGGCGGUUUGCAAUAGGGUUACUAGUCUUGCUCGGCUUGCACGCGCCGCUCUCGGAGGCGCAAAACAACGGGUUUGUAAACAUCGACUGUGGCGCUGAAGCAGAGUACACAGACACUUCCGGAAUCACUUGGAUUCCUGAUGCUCCAUUCGUCACAACCGGACAGAUUUCACACAAUGUUUCAUCGCAAAUUUACGGCGCCUCUAAGAGGCACUCAAGCUUGCGUUAUUUCCCCGGAUUGCAGUCCAAAUUCUGCUACACUUUGAACGCAACGAACGACACAGCUUACAUAGUCCGUAUCACUUUCUUGUAUGGAAAAUACGACGGAAGGUUGCGAUCUCCCACAUUCCAACUCCUCAUCGAUACUGUUAAUUUGGGUCUCAUCCUGACGGAUGGGUCAGACACCACGGUGGUGAAGGAGAUCAUCGUAACAGCCGUAUCGGCCAACAUUUACUUAUGUCUAGCGCCCCUUCAGGUAGGAAUUGAUGUCCCAUUUAUCAAUUCCAUUGAGUUGCGGCCGCUGGGGUCGAGGAUGUACCCAAAAACACGUCAGGGUUAUAUGAUGAUCAACAAUUACCGGUACAACUUCGGUGGUGAUGAUGUCAGUUUCCCACAGGACAAGUAUGACCGGACGUGGUGGAAUUUUUCUGCUCCGGAUGCUCGUUCCCUUGUCUCGACUCAGGAUGUAACUGUGACAGAUGGUUUUUCCCGAGAUGAGGCGCCUCUGGAAGUCUUGAAUACAGCGAUUGUCUGGCAGAAGGAUGUCAACUUCAUAAUGUCUCUCAAUGCUAGCGGAGGAAUAAAUUACGUGGUUCUUCUGUGGUUUGCCGAGAUUGAACAAGUAAACCAGAUUCGGGAAUUCGAGGUUGGUAUCGACGGGAACUGGCAGGAACCAAUCAAUGUGAAAAAUACCGUGGGUAAAAUGUACGAAGCAUAUCAGUGGGGCUAUCCCAGCGUAAAUUUGACCAGCACUUCCUACUUAGGGCUGCGGUCCACAAAUCGAUCCCAGUUGGGGCCCAUACUAAAUGGAUUGGAGGUUUAUUUUGUAUCCGACCCUGUUCUACCGAGAACCGAUGUGCGCGAUGUUGCUGCGAUCGAGGCCGUCAAGAAACACUGGAAUUUGAGCACUUGGACUGGGGAUCCGUGCUUGAGUGUUCCUUACAGCUGGAUCACUUGUUCGCUGGACAUUAUCCCUAGGAUCGUCGAGCUGAACUUGACAAGCUACAACUUGAGUGGAUCAAUACCUGAUGAACUAGGAAAUCUGACGGAGCUUACAAGUUUGUCAUUAGAACACAAUGCGCUGAUGGAUUCUAUACCAGAUUUAAGUGCACUAACGAUACUCCAGAAACUGCAUCUGCAGGACAAUUCUCUCACAGGUGAAUUUCCUGCAUGGGUUGAGACACUACCUGCUCUCGAAGAACUGUUUGUAGAAGACAACAAUUUGACUGGUUAUGUUCCACCCAACCUACUUAACAAACGAAGCUUGUUGUUCACAUAUACUCCCAGUCCAUUUCUCUGCACCGGCACCCGCACAUCAUGUACUCCAUUGGCUUCACCGAUGACGUCUUCGAUAACCAGCGUCGACGACGGCGGCAACGGCAGCAGUACUGUUACUAUCGUCAUCGGUUGUGUGGUGGGUGGACUUGGAGUCACCCUUCUCAUUUUCGUUGCUAUUCUAAUUUCUCGGUGGCGAAAGCGAAAGCUAUUAUCUAGGGCUUUACACUUUGCGAAGAAAGGCGGCGAUCCAGUUCAUGUUGCGAAAGGCCAGACGAUGGCAUACUCGUUUAUUGAGGUCAAAGAAGCAACCAAUGACUUCAUAGACCAAAUUAGGGAAGGAGGUUUGGGGCCUGUGUACAAGGGUAGGUUAUCGAAUGGAACAGAAGUUGCAGUGAAGAGAUGCUGGCCUAUUCAUAAGCGGGGAGCCGUAGAAUUUUUCAACGAGGUGGUAGUUCUCGCAAGAGUAAAUCAUAGGAAUCUAACCUCCUUGGUGGGUUACUGUCGAGAGGGGCAAGAGCAAGCCUUGCUGUACGAAUAUUCCUCCAACAAUGAACUUGGGACGUACCUGCAUGGAAAUGGAAAGCUCCUUUCAUGGAGCACACGUCUAGCCAUUGCUUUAGACGCUGCUCAAGGACUUGAAUACCUGCACAAUAAUUGCAUUAUACACGGAGAUGUGAAACCAGCCAACAUUCUACUCACAAGCAAAACGGUUGUUGCGAAGGUGGUGCACUUCGGAUUUGCUAAUUUCAGCUGUGAAAGAGAUACUACUCUUCAACUCCAUAACGCUGAUGCGAAGGGCACUGAUGGCUAUCUCGAUCCCGAGUUUCUGGAGAACAAUCGGUUGACCGAGAAAAGCGAUGUUUACGGCUUCGGCGUUGUGUUGCUGGAGCUCAUUUCAGGGCAGGAGCCAAUCAACAUGACAGUGUUGGCUAGAGAUCCCAGCUUGAUCGAAUGGAUGAGGCCAUUAAUAGCAGCAGGGGAGCUGAAAGUGGUGGUGGAUCCAGCUCUUGGAGAUGACUACAAUCUGGAUGCUAUGUGGAAGAUGGUGGAGCUUGGAAUGAUGUGUGUGGAACCAAGGGAUUACCACAGACCUAGUAUGACAGAAGUGGUGCAAGAGAUUCGAGACGCAAUCGUCAUUGAAGAAGGGUCUUCUGUCACCGCCCGUGGAUUAUAGUUGUAGGUUCAACGCUCAGAAAACGGCUCAACUGCAUUGCCGCUAGAGCUAGGCGUUGGGAUCGCACGUUGUUUGAUUAGGUCACGAUCCAAGCAAGCCGGAACCUCGUUCCCGGCUUGCACUUGUAACAUACGAGAAAGAAUGUUCCUCCACGGAGCUCUGGCAGCAGACCAAAGAAAGGGAUUGAGCAAUCCAGUUUCUCAUAUAGUUUCCUGCGAGGCCUCCACAAUGUUGAGUCUUCAAGCAGAUUGCUGCAGCCUCCUGAGGAACGACACCGACGUUCGAGAAUCGAAUGAGUGAGAUUCUCUCGUCUUGUAAUUCACAAAGUGAAGUUAGUAAUCAGAAAAAUCUGCAUGGGGCCCUCUCGUUGAAUUGGGCCCUUGCACCUCUCUUCAAACA